AUGUUGAAUACCACUACAGGACGUCCAGUACCACUACUGGACGUCCAAUACCACUACAGGACGUCCAGUACCACUACAGGACGUCCAGUACCACACCAAUAUGUUGAAUACCACUACAGGACGUCCAGUACCACUACAGGACGUCCAAUACCACUACAGGACGUCCAAUACCACUACAGGACGUCCAAUACCACUACAGGACGUCCAGUACCACUACAGGACGUCCAGUACCACUACAGGACGUCCAAUACCACUACAGGACGUCCAGUACCACACCAAUAUGUUGAAUACCACUACAGGACGUCCAGUACCACUACAGGACGUCCAGUACCACACCAAUAUGUUGAAUACCACUACAGGACGUCCAGUACCAGUAGAGAACGUCCAGUACCACUAGAGAACGUCCAGUACCACUGA